CAGCGUAUCCACACAGGAGAGAAGCCUUAUCACUGUGAUCAGUGUGGGAAGAGUUUUACUCAACAGGGUCAUCUCAAAUCACACCAGCGUGUCCACACGGAGAAGCCGUAUCACUGUGAACAGUGUGGGAAGAGUUUUACUCAACAGGGUCAUCUCAAAUCACACCAGCGUAUCCACACAGGAGAGAAGCCGUAUCACUGUGAACAGUGUGGGAAGAGUUUUACUCAACAGGGUCAUCUCAAAUCACACCAGCGUAUCCACACAGGAGAGAAGCCUUAUCACUGUGAACAGUGUGGGAAGAGUUUUACUCAACAGCGUAAUCUCAAAUCACACCAGCGUAUCCACACAGGAGAGAAGCCUUAUCACUGUGAACAGUGUGGGAAGAGUUUUACUCAUCAGAGUACUCUCAAAUCACACCAGCGUAUCCACACAGGAGAGAAGCCUUAUCACUGUGAACAGUGUGGGAAGAGUUUUAAUCAACAGGGUAAUCUCAAAUCACACCAGCGUAUCCACACAGGGAAGCCGUAUCACUGUGAACAGUGUGGGAAGAGUUUUAAUCAACAGGGUAAUCUCAAAUCACACCAGCGUAUCCACACAGGAGAGAAGCCGUAUCACUGUGAACAGUGUGGGAAGAGUUUUACUCAACAGGGUCAUCUCAAAUCACACCAGCGUAUCCACACAGGAGAGAAGCCGUAUCAC